UCCGAAACCUUUAAAGGCACGGCGCUGCAACAGAAGCCGAUCAGAGCACAGAGAUGGACAAAGUCAUUCUGACCGCAUGCGCUUUCAUGGUUUUCUUCCUCUGCUCCAGCUGUUAUGCUAAAGAGGAAGAUGUUUUAUCCUGCUCUGAACAUCAGAAGGCCUUUGAUGGAGCUUGCUAUGAGUUUGUGGGCCUGCAGUUUUCCUUUCUGAGGGCUCAGGCGUGGUGUGAGCGAGCUGGGGGACACCUGGUGUUCAUCUUGAAUGACGAAACGCAGCAGUUCCUGCAGACACACCUGGAGCCGGACAAGGACUGGUGGCUGGGGCUGGCACCUGCAGCCCCGAACCUCACCCUGGAUCGCUCUGGUGAAGGUUCUCUUGCAUGGUUGGACAAUUCAGACGUCAGCUAUAGUAACUGGGUGGACACACCAGAAACCCAUGCAACUUGUGGACACAUUCAGAGACACACAGGCUUCCAGUGGAAAGCCACAGAAAACUGUACACAGGAACUCAACUUUGUCUGCCAGUUUGAUUUUGGAAGAACAGUUGCAUGUGAAGGCCAAAAUGCAACUCUGCAGUGCGGUUCUGGCCAGGUUCUAGAGAUUGAAGACGCCUUCUAUGGGAGAAAAACUGUUCACUAUUGCCGAUCCCACUUCACAGCUGUACCCACAUUCUCCCAGGAGGAAUGCAGCUGGAUCAACGUGCUGGAAUCCGUAACAGCUCAUUGUCGUGGGCUGCAGGCAUGUCAGGCUCCGUUGGAUCUGAGCUCCUUAACUGAACCGUGUCCAGCGCUGGGAAGUUACCUGUCUGUUGAGUACCGCUGCAAGGAUGGGCUUCACUUAUUGAUGACUAAACUGGCAUCUGUUGUUGAUAACGUUACCAUCACUGUGAAGUGGCUUCUUCAUUCAUUUCACGGUAACUUAACUUGCACCGUGGAUGCUGGAGAUGGCUUCAUCAUUGACCCAUACAAUCCAGAAGAGAUGGAGUCCACCAUCAUACACAGAUUUCGGCAGCCUGGCGUUUUCAUGGUUGGGGUUGAAUGCACCACCAGCGACUGGCACGUCACAGCUCAGAAAACGAUAACAAUUCAGGAGCCCGUUGGAGAGUUCAGAGCGGUCCAGUGUUAUGGCAGCAACGCGACAACAGAUGGCACCAAAUGCAACGCACUUUAUGGUGGGCCUGUUCAGAUUCAGCUGGGGUUGAAAACAGGAACAAGUGUAGCCUUCACGGUUCAUCACAAUGGCCGUCAGAUUGCAAGCUCAAACGUGAGCUCGGGGGUCACGCCUCACAACGUAACACUGGAUGUGACCGCGGUGCAAAGUCUUCAACGUGGCUGCAACAAUUUGACCAUAGCUGCAUCUAACGGAGUCACACCUCACCCGGUGUCCACUUACCUGCUGCUGUGCCUGCUGGAUCCUAUUGCCGGCCUGCAGGCCUCAGUGAUGGCAGAGGAGGAUGCCUGUCCAGACUCUCCCGAUCUGAUCAUCGGUGUCUCAUUGGAGCAAGGAGCCCCGGUAGAGCUGCGUUUUGAUCUCACCGGGUUAAGGGACGCGCUGACUGAGACCAGAAACAUGCUCAAUAACAGCUUGCAUACUUAUACAUUCUCACACCCGCUGGAAGGGCUUUUAAAAGUGAAAGUCCAAGCGGUGAAUGUCUUUUCAGCCUCUGAGCUGGAAGUAGACUUAACGAAAAUACUUCAGAGUUGCCAGAAUUACUCCUCAACAAGCCAACAUGGAAAUACAAAGGAUAACUUGGAAAUCUUAGGUGGCUUGGACAUAACAGCUUCUCCUGACAGGCCGGUUGACCGCAGUCAGAAGGUUGAGCUGAAUGUGGUCGGAGCUGAAUCGUUGAACAGCAAAGGACUCAUAUUUGAGUGGGAAUGUAAAGGACACUGCUCAUGCAGAAAUGUAACAAGGGAUCAGACUCAUCACAUCAUUGAAAAAGAUUGCCUUCCCAGUCCCUUUGAAAUUUUUGAGUACACUUUGACUGUGAGGAACAGAACGUGGUUUAGGAAAUGGGUCGAAAUCGCUCAAGCAUCUAAAUGCAUCACCGUUGCUCCUUUAAAUGAAUUUGAUGACGUCACAAUCAGAUGUGACAACUGUGACUCCUUAAACGAGAAUGACGAUGCCAAGAUGAGUCUCAGUUGUGGUUCAACUUGCCCAGAUGUAGUUUGGUUAAUUGAAGAUCCCAAAACUUUGUCGGGUGAACUUAAUGAAUGUUACUCCAAAGCAGGAAGAAGCCGUCCUGUUGAAAAACAACACGGACACACUGAAUACACGGUUCCCAGCCAAUAUCUAAAAGAUUCAAGGAGAACGCAGCGCAACAUCAACGUCAUUGCUUAUGGUGAGAAGGUCCCUGGUUUUGCCAAGUAUUCUAUUCCAAUACCAGGUCCAGAAGCAGCAGUGCCUUCCAGUUCUCCUGCUGUCCCUGCAUGUAGCAUCUCUCCACACUCGGGAACUGUGCUCGAUGCUUUCAAAAUUACCUGCAAGUCGACCUCUUUCUGCUCCAUGGGUUGUCUUUACUGCUUCAAGACCAAUACAGGCAAACAUCUGCGUUGCAGCAAUACAAAUGUGGUGAAAUCAAUCUUCCUGCCUUCGGGAGAUGAGCAGAAUAAUCACACCGUGUCUGUGGUAGUGACCGUAAAAAACGAACACACAACAGCUACUUCAAUUGUUGCAACUCAGGUUAGGAAAGGCGACUCCAGUACCUCCAUACCAUCUCUGCAGUCUGCAGUGGAAGACACUGUAGAUCAGCUGGAGCAGGAGGGCCUGCUCUCUGGUCAGGCACUCGGACAAAUGUUCACUUCUGUUUCGGACAUGCUGAAUUCAGAGGUUGGCCGGGAUCAGAAGGAUGCAAAGGCAAAGCUCCGGGAGCAAAUGUUGGUCAAAAUGACAGCAGUUCUGCAGGACAGCCCCAGCAACACGACUCAGGAAGUUCAAGUGACUGCCGAGGCUGUGGCUGGACUAACUCAGAUGUCAGAUGAGCUCAGUCCUGCUGCCCAAGAAGAAGCUGGCUCGUUGUUGGUGAACCUCAGCUCCUACCUCAGGACUAUAACCAUCAAACCGCAUGAAAGUGGAGAUGAGGAUGUUGUACAAGCGGCUACACCCAUAGUUGAAGCAGCCAGUAAUAUUCUCAAUGGUUCAUCAAAUAAAAAAGUGUCAGAUUUCCUUUUGGCUGGGAUCAACAAUCUUCAGAGCGCUUUGCUGAAUAAUAAGAAGUUGAAUGCAGAGCCUGCGGUCAUUGAUUCUGGUCAGAUCAGUGUGUAUGUUAACAGAAUAUCGUCAGAGGACAUGCAGAUGCAGGAUAUAAAUGUCCAGAAGAAGGGCUCCUCCAGUUUUACUGUUCCCUCGCUACCAGCUGGCAUCAUCUCUCGAGGGGAGCCAGUGGACAUCCGAAUGAUGAGUUUUGAGAAGAACCCAUACGCUUGGACGGAGGAAAACAUCACAGGAACCGUGGCCUCCCUGUCUUUAACCAGAAUGAACGGCACAGUCAUACCUGUCGAAAACUUGCCUACGGAAAUAGAGAUUCUCCUUCCCAGGCUUGACGUUGAACAGCAGAACGCCACAAUCCUUGACCUUGCCAACUUCAGCACGUUAAUGAUCGACAUACCGUCGCCAGAGGUGACCCUGGUGCUGAAAAUGGAGCCCUCAGAAGACAUAUCCUUCAUGGUUUUCCUCGGAUAUAAAGUUUAUCCAAAUGAUAAGAGUUAUGUGGCCAAGACUCGGCUUCCACUGGAGAAUAGAAACGAAGAGGAAAAAUAUACCUGGGUGCUGAGUCCCGAAGAACGAACAGGAGGAGCUGGCGUUCAUUACCUUCUCGUAAAGCCGAUUGUUGAACCAGGGGUCAAAUCCGUCAAUGCCACAGUCGCAGUCACUUCCGUCGCUGCCCAGUGCAAAUACUGGAAUGAAACCAGGUCCUCGUGGAGUGAAGAUGGCUGCAGGGUCGGCCCCCUCACCACACCUUUGGUCACUCAGUGCCUUUGUAACCACUUAACUUUCUUCGGCAGCUCCUUUUUUGUCAUGCCCAACCUGGUGGACGUUUCCCGCACUGCCGAACUUUUUGCUACAUUCGCCAACAAUCCGGUGGUGGUGUGCUUCGUGGGAUCCAUUCUUGCUGCUUAUCUGCUGGUGGUGGUAUGGGCACGCCGGAAAGACAUCCAGGACUCCACCAAGGUCAAGAUCACAGUUCUCGAGGACAAUGACCCUCUGGCUGAAUAUCGCUACAUGCUUACCGUUAGCACAGGCCAUCGCCACGGUGCAUCUACUUCCUCACAGGUUACCAUAACUCUGCUGGGAACGGAGGGAGAAAGCGAACCCCACCACCUGACCGACCCUGAAAAGCCAGUGUUUGAGAGGGGUGGGGUGGACAUGUUUCUGCUGACCACACACUUUUCUCUUGGAGAUCUGCAGAGCAUAAGACUCUGGCACGACAACUCGGGGGACCACCCUGCAUGGUAUGUGAAUAAAGUGAUGGUGCAGGAUCUGGAGACUGGUCAGAAAUGGCACUUUCUGUGUAACUCCUGGCUUGCUGUAGAUAUGGCAGAGUGCUGUCUUGACAAGGUAUUUCCCGUGGCUACAGAGUCAGAUUUGAAGAGAUUUAGUAACCUGUUUUUCAUGAAGACGGCCAAGGAUUUCCAAGAUGGGCACAUCUGGUUCUCGGUCAUCAGCCGGCCUCCCUGCAGUACGUUCACACGUGUGCAGCGAGUGUCCUGCUGUUUCUCUCUUCUGCUCUGCACCAUGCUGACAAGCAUCAUGUUUUGGGGCAUCCCCACAGACCCGUCCGAGCAGACCAUGGACUUAGGUCACAUUGAGUUCACCUGGCAGCAGGUUAUGGUUGGAAUUCAAAGUUCCAUCAUCAUGUUCCCCAUCAAUCUGCUCAUCGUCAGCAUCUUCAGAAACACUCGUCCGAAAGAGAAAACUGCCAAGGCAGACGGAGCGAAACAGGGAAACACGGUGAGAGUUUCUCCCUCGCAGGCUUCAAAUCCUCGCGCAGAGAUCAAGCACAUCACUCCGGACACCGUGAUGAAGGACAUAAAGAGAAUUGCUCAGUCACUCUCAAAGGCCAUGAAGAGUCCGAUGCCACACUUUGAGCUCUAUCCAGGUCAGCAGGCAGACAUCAACACCCUGCUCUCUCUGGUGGAGGACAUUAUCAGACAUCAGAACAAAACGGCCGGAGACUUCUACUCGAACAGCUCCAAGAAAGACAUCAAUGUGACCUUAAGUUUGGGUGCGGUGAAUCUACAAGAACAAGGCUUGUGGGGGAGCCCAGAGAAGACAUCCGAUGGAGCUCAAAAGAAGACCAACAACAGCCGGUACUUGUACAAGCAGCUGCGUCACGUCGAGAAGGAGCUCGGUCUGCUGGGACCUUCUCGUUUUCCAAACGCCAGCAGCUACAACAGGGCCAUGCAACAAGUUCAGGGAAUGAAGAGUCACUUGGAGUUUCUGCUGGACGGAGAUCAGCUGAACCGUAGCCCCAGUCCCGCUGAGAGCUUGUGUAGCAGCGCUGAAAGGAAGCGCUGCCAGGGAGGACUCCCAUGGUGGUUUGUGUUUGUUGGGUGGAUACUGGUGAUCGCGACCAGUGCUGUGUCAGGAUACUUCACUAUGAUGUACGGGCUGACUUAUGGGAAGGACCAGUCUAUAAACUGGCUUAUCUCCAUGCUGGUGUCCUUCUUUGAGAGUCUCUUUAUCACCCAACCUCUCAAGGUUCUUGGUUUCGCCGCUUUCUUUGCUCUUGUUCUGAAGAAAGUCGACCAGGAAGAAUUUGGAGAACCUCAGAUAGACGACAAGCUCACAAAUCCAGAUGAUCCUGAUGUGGUGCGUGUGGCUAGAAGAGACAGCACAUGCAGUUUCUACCAACCCCCUCCUCCUACUGACAUCGAGAGGAUGAGGAAGAACGUAAUUCAAGAGCAGAAAGUCUUUGGCCUCAUCAAGGAGAUUCUUGCUUACAUGGGAUUCAUGUGGGUGUUGCUUCUGGUGGCAUACGGUCAGAGGGACCCUAAUGCUUAUUUUCUGAGCCGGCACAUUCGACAGAGCUUCAGCAAAGGAAUCUCCAACACCAUGAGCAUUCAGGACGUGUUCGACUGGGCAAACACAACUUUACUGAGCAACCUGUACGGAGACUACCCAGGCUUUAUUACCGACGGAAACUCAAAGCUGGUGGGUAAUGUUCGUCUCCGCCAGCUGAGAGUCCAGAAAAACUCAUGCCGUGUUGCUCGCGCCAUGCACCAGUCUGUGCCAGACUGUCACAGCCCUUACUCCUGGGAGUCGGAGGACAUGGGCUCCUAUGGCUCUGGAUGGAGUCUGUCUGUGGGAGAAAACGCAUCACUGAACCCCCACAGCCCAUGGGUGUACAGGGCUCAGAGUGAACUGAGGGCCUUUCCCAUCUGGGGCAGCGUGAUGCUCUACAGAGGAGGCGGCUUCGUCAUCAACCUGGGGCCAGACUUUAAAACGUCGAGCAGAAUCCUUAGGUACCUUUAUGACAACACCUGGUUAGACGUGUACACCCAAGCCGUCUUCGUUGAGUUCACCGUGUACAACGCUAACGUGAACCUCUUCUGCAUCGUCACCCUCAUGCUGGAAACCACAGCCAUCGGAGCUUUCGAGUUCCGCAGUGAGCUUCACAGCGUUCGUCUUUACCAGUCAACGGGGGGCCUCCACAUCUUUGUCAUGGCCUCUGAGAUUGUGUACUUUCUCUUCAUCGUCUACUAUAUGUUUGUUCAGGGAAAGCUAAUGAGGAGCCAGAAAUGGGAUUAUUUCAAGAGGAAAUGGAACCUGUUGGAGCUGGCGAUCAUAAUCCUCAGCUGGAGUGCAUUGUCCAUCUUCAUUAAGAGAACAGUGUUGGGAAAAAGGGAUAUAAGCUUUUAUCAGAACAACAAAAACCAAUUUGCUAGUUUCUAUGAGACAGCCCAAGCAGACGCAGCGCUCGGGUAUCUGAUUGCCUUUCUGGUUCUGCUGGCUACAGUCAAACUGUGGCACCUGCUGAGACUCAACCCGAAGCUGCACAUGAUCACGGCCACACUGCAGCGAGCUUGGACUGAUAUUUCAGGCUUCCUGGUGGUCAUGACCAUCAUGUUCCUGGCCUACUCCAUUGCUUCCAACCUGAUGUAUGGGUGGAAGCUUUACUCCUACCGGACUCUGCUUGAUGCUGCACAGACUAUUGUCAGCUUGCAGCUUGGCAUUUUUAACUACGAAGAGGUUCUGAACUACAAUCCAGUGCUCGGGGCUUUCCUCAUUGGCUCCUGCAUUGUGUUCAUGACCUUUGUGGUGCUGAACCUCUUCAUUUCUGUCAUUCUCGUGGCAUUCAGUCAAGAGCAGAUGCAUCACAAGCCAUCAGAAGAGGAGGAGAUUGUUGACCUGAUGCUGAUCAAACUCUGCAACUUGUUUGGGCUCAAAUGUCAGAAACAAGUGGCUGCAUAACUGGGAUUCAGCUGGGGAUAAAGCGUGAUGUGUUGUUCUGAGUUCAUUACCAUAAAACAAUGGAAAUGUUACAUCUGCUGUAACUAGCUUUAUUUAAUUGCCAAUUACUAUAUAUAUAUAUAUAUAUAUAUAUAUAUAUAUAUAUAUA